AUGUUUUCCCUUUAUCUGAUUGGCUGGUGUGAUGACUUUGGUUUUGAUAUUGCGACACCCGGUCGAAAUGUGCUCAAUCUUGCAGAAUGUUCCAAUUACAGUUUUCUCAAUGAGUCAAACAGGGCACAAACGUUUUACAGAGGAAAAAGAUCCCUGUGUGACAGAGCUUUACCCACUGGCUGGUACAGAUUUGGAGGAGAGGCUGGACAACAAAUGCCAGAGUCUUGUGUGGACUUAAGACACUGUGGUACAAUUGCGCCGGGAUGGCUCAACGGAACACACCCCUUGGUGGGGGAUGGGGCUGUUGAAAGGAAGGUGUGUUUUCAUGCACCAAGCGGGAACUGCUGUAAAUUGUCUACAGAUGUCCUUGUCCGAAAUUGUGGAGGGUUUUAUGUUUACAAGCUUAAUAAAACACCCCAGUGUGACCUGCGUUACUGCGGCAACGGAUCAUACUCAGAGCAAGGUAAUUUCGUGAAUUUCAUGAUUGUAAGUUUGGCUAAUACAAAUUAGACCCCAGAUUCUGCAAAUUGUGAAGGCGAAUGGUGCAUGUGAUACUUUUAACUUCUGGGUACAAGAAAUCUUUUUAUGUAAUUCUUGGCUUAGUCCUCCUCCAGUGAUUGUAAGUUGAGCAGUCGGCCACAGCUGAAAAGCUGGUAGCAGUCACUGUUUGCAAUUUCACCCUCAGGAACGAGAUGGGAGGCGUAGAUGGAACCCCCACCCCAGAUUUUGUUAUGAUCACAGCAAGAAUUUGAGAACAUCUUACCAUAAAUGAAUAGUCUGUUAUGAAUCUGCAAGUUGAGAGGAAAAUCUAUUCUUAUGCAAAUUUAAGUGCGUUAGUCUGUAACUUUCGAACUUUCGUCGGCCACUUCAUUCCUUUGAUUUGGCUGAAAUUUGGCAUGAAGUCUUAAUUUAUGAUCCUAAUCACGAAAUGGAUAUUAAAAAGUUCCAGUAAUUUUUGCUUGCCAAAAAACGGGAAAGUGCACUUGGUCUGCCCAUACUUGCCCGCCAAUAUGGCAGAUCGAAGGUGAUUUUUUUUAAUUCAACUCGAGUCCUAUCGUAAAGAUUUCUCAAAAUCUCGUGAUAUCCGUGAAACGAUCUUCCCUUUCCCUUAACAUUUAUUUAAAAAAACAUGGCAAAUGUCUGGUUUAACAAUAUAUGAUCCCAACGUUCUAAGGUCACUUUUGGCCGCCUUCAACAGUGACUGGAAAAAUUGACCCCAACUUAGUAACCGAAUACCUCCAGUGUUAUCUCGAUCCAGGGGUUACCGUUUACUGUGAACAGCGUUUGUUCAUAGAUGAACAGAUUUCGUAAACAAAAAAAUGGGGGAAAUGAAACGGUCAAGGGAAAAAAUUAUCAACCCGUACUGACCUGGCCAUGUUUGGGACCUGGUCCUAAAAGCUCUUAAAUCAAUUUACGAUAAGAAGAAAACGGUUAAAGUACAUUUAUCGUCCGGAAAGUUUCCUAAUAGUAUGGAAAUAUCUUUUGAUUUAACAUAAACGUGAUGAUAUUCGAGCGAAAUUGUUGUAAUGGUAUGAUUUUAGGUAACUAAUUGAAUUUAGACAAGCCACGCGCAGUUAUGCUUAAAGUUUAAUUCGCUUACCGUUUUGAGAACAAAGGAUUUUGUGAAAGAAACGUUCUUGUCAAUUGUUAUAUACUAUUGGUGGUAGCAGUUGGUCAUUUAUUUUAAUUAAAUCGCUGCAAACUUAAGAUUAAUGAUACAGUACUUACAUGUCGCACAACCGGUUUCGUGGAGGAUAUGCAAAUUUAUCAUGUUUUCCAACAGGAGUCAGUGUAUCAUUUCCUCAAGUUCGCAGCAUAAGAAAAACCCCAACCUUUGAUAAGUCCAUUGGAGUAAUUUUCAUUUAUAUCAAAAGUAAGCCUUAAAUACCAACGUAAUACACUCUGGCAGUGGCCACACACACGAAACGGAAUGUGGUUUGAGAUAGACAUCAAUUUGAACUCGUGAGAAUGCACAAGCAUCAAGUUUAUUCUUGAGUCUAAAAGUGGAAAUUUAUUGCUUUACUUGAGGAUCCUGUUUAGAUAAGGUUAGUGGUUUUUUAUCAUUUUAUUCUCCUUCAUACUUACAAGUACAAAAAUUGAAAUUUGUUUUGAUUUUGUAGCGAACACUGAGAUGUUGGUUUCAAUGAGGUAACUGGAAAAGUUCUCGUUUUUGACAGAAAGCCAAACUUAUUAUGUCAGUGAUUAACGUCCCUUUUUACUUCAGUUUACUUUCCAGUUCUUUGCAUGAAGAGAAUGCUCCAGAAUAAUGUUAGUCAAGAGCGGUUUCUCGAGGUUUGCUGAGGAUAGUUUCGGACAUACCAUGCAGUCGAGUGAGUGCAUAUCCCUUUCACGAUGUACUCGAGACAUAAAGCCUCAUUUAUGGGGCUUACACGUUGUUGAUGCGUCUUUGAGAAGUGAAAUUCAAUUACUGUGGGCUAGAGUAGGUACCGAGACAGAUUUCAUGCUCAUGCAUUAAUGAAUUCGAAACUUCAACUUCCCUCCCCCGUGGAAAUUGAACUCUUGAAAAUUAGUUCUUCAAAAUCCAACCUCAGGGGCCAGAAUUAUGUUCAUAUGCCCUACCCAAGUUCAUUUUUUUUUUAAAAAGGAAAACUCGGGGAACUCACGGGAAUUUUACUGUCGUCCGUGCCUGGGGAAUGGGAAAUUUGAACCUUACGUGGCUUGGGUUGGGAAUUUGAACUGGAAAUGUCAAGUCUUUCUAGAGGGUUAAAGAAGUAAUGGUCUGCAAGGUCUAGAGUUUUUAGAACUCGGUAAAUGAGUAGAAAAUCACGGAUUUGAAUUUGUUUUGUCGAUUUGACAAGCUUUUCAAAAGCGAUUUGUCUAAAAGAUAUCGAUUGUGAAUAUUUUUUCGGAUAUGCAAAAUACUUUUGGAUUGUCCCUUUUCGGCUUCCGUGCCUCUCAUUGCCAUCAAAAAAUAAAUGAAAUAUGGUUUCUUAGGACUUGGGUCUUAACUUCCGUUUUCGCUACAACCGACUGUUCAGUGAUGAACAAGGAUUCAAUUCGAAUUCAUAGUUUCGUUCCUCAUAUAGAUUCGGUGUAAAGCUUGUUUAAAGCCAUCGAAAGAAGUUUUUAAAAAAAUCCUUCACGAACUGCCUCUCAAAGCAAAAUAGAUCUUAGAGCAAACUCAAUUAACGAUGACGCGCGCAUUCCAACGAGGUGACGUUUACCUCAAACAACACUCAAUUCAUGUCUGUGCCCUUAAUGAGGGCGCUUUAUGUGUGCAUUUUGCGCUCACCGUUGGUUUAAAAAAAUUUGCAUGGAAGUAUCCUGAAAAGUUGGGUUUCCUCUAUACUGAUAAGGCAAUUGAAACAUACGAAAAACGAAAUUAAGACCUAUUCAAAAACAUGAUGUAAUUUACGUAAUAUCUAACGAAGGAUAUCUAAACUGUUGGCGUGACCAGGAGGAUCAACUGCAAAUGUAACCUAAAGGCUCAGAUUUUGAGCAAAUCACCAUUCACCACCAAAUAAACUAGGUUGGAAUUCACAAGAAUCUUUUCUUUUCGAAAUUUUUCGUUCUCAAAACGGUAAGCGAAAUCAACCCUUCCGAGCGUUAAUACUGGAUCGAUUGUUUAUAUUUAUUGGGUGACCAAAUAUUUAUCCCAUUGCGACAAUGUCGCCCAGACAUAUUUACUUUUGCCCAAAAUCAAAAGAUAUUAGGAAACUUCUGGAAUUUGCUUUCAUUCUGGUCGAAAUAAGUACUUGGACUUUAUUUCUGACUGGUAAGCUGAUUUAGGAGCUGGUCCCAAACAUAGCUAAGUCAUCAUAGAUUAAUAAUUUUUCUCCUUUGACCUUUAAAUUUACCCCAUUUUUUAUUAAUGGAAUCAAUUCAUCCAUAAACAAAUAUUAUUUCAAUUAAAUGGCAACUUCUGGAUCGAGGUAACAUUGGAGAUAUCAGACUAACAAGUUGGGUAAAUAUUUUACUGUUCAAGGCGGUGCAAAACGACCUUCGAACGUUGACAUAACCUGUAAUUAAAAUCUGUCAUUUCCAACGUUUUUUCCCAUUAAUGUUAUGAAAAAGGGUAGACCUUUUUAUUUAUUUCAAGAGAUUUUAGGAAAUCUUUACGACAGGACUGGAGUCGAAGUUAUAAGAACACCUUCUAUACGCCAUGUUAGCGGGCAAGUACGGGCGGACUUGGUCGGCUUUAUCGAUUUUUUGCUAAGAAAAAACAACUGGAACUUUUUAAUACCCAUUUCGUGGUUAGGACCCUAAAAUUAGCCUUCAUGCCAAAUUUCAGCCAAAUUGGUAAGGUUACGUGGCCGCGAUUUUUUUUUAAAGUUCGAAAGUUACAGACUAUUGUUCUUUAUAAACUGCUCAGUUGGGGCCGUAAUAUCACUCUGUAUAGGACAAUUUCUUUUUCUGGAAAAAAAUAAUAUUUUCUGACUUUUAGGAGGACCUUAUGAUAAGCGUGCUAAAAAUAAUUUUCCACUUAACCGCCAUUUUCUCAAACUUCGCUUUCCCUCGAAGAAUGUUCCACUUACAAGUUGCUGAACGAAUCUAACAGAGCGGAAACAUACAACCCGACUUCAUUCAUGCACCUUUGUGACAGAACACUUUUUGGCUGGUACAGAUUCAGCGGAGAGGCUGGUUUUAAAAUGGCUGAACAUUGUGUCAGCAAAGGUCGUUGUGGUACUUUUGCACCUGGUUGGCUCAGUGGGACCCAUCCUACUUUAGCUGAAGGUGCUGUUGAACGUAAAGUGUGUUUCCAUUGGUCUGCCUGGAUGAGUGAUUGCUGUUCGUUUUCAACAUUCAUCAAAGUUCGCAAUUGUGGAAAGUUUUACGUCUACAAAUUAAGGCCGCCACCUGUUUGUUCAUUGCGCUAUUGUGGCAAUGGGUUAUUUAAAAAAGGUGAGAAAUUCUCAAAUAUAAAAAUUCAUGUUAUAUUGAUACAACUGUUAAUUUUGUUUUAACUUUCUCUAUUAUUUAAAACUUAAUGCGCUGCACGAAAUUGUGAAAUCCAUUUGGUCGACCAGGGUUUCUUAUCAGCCUCAAUAUGCUACGUUCAUGUUUAAACAACUUCGGUGUUCAGGUUUUCGAACCUUUCAUGAUCUUUAAACAGCACUUUUCACAUUGGAUUCUUGAAAUACGACGAGGAUCGGUUGCGCUCUUUGCGCCCAAAAUCUGAUUGACAAAUCAUGAGAUUCCAUGGUGCCGCUCGUCCGUUAAGAGUAAGAAAGAGUCACACUAAAAUGACCUUGACUUUGUAAGUAUUCCCUCUUUCAUUUUAGAGUUAACAACAGAACCAGUAACGUCGCAUAGGAGUGUGGACAAUCAAGUUUCACAUACUAUGUCUUCCCCAACACAAGCUGGGAGAAUGACCACAGGUAUGCACUCACUUUUCUUGUGAAAGGCUCUGGGAAGAUGAACUGUAACGCUGUUGAUUCUGCGGCUCAAUUUUAAGGGCUUUUAUUUCAUUUUAGUUUUUUGUUCUACGAGUUUGGUAAAAUGAGUCUGCUCAAAUUCCUUCUUUUUAAUGAUUCUGACCACCAUGGCGAGUAGUAGAGGAAAGAGAGAGUGGAAGUGAUCAGAGUAGAAUGGAGACUGGACCUGAUCUGAAAUUGUAAACAGGCUGUUCAUUAUAUGCACAAUUUUGUAUUGCCUGGUUGGUGGAAUUUAGCACUAUGAACAUGUAGAAAAUAAAUGUAGUACCUUUCUUUCGCAUGCGUUCUUCAGCUACAUUUAUGCCCCGUCUGUAAGACUGAACAACAUAUACCACAGUUAUCAACGAUCAUGGGGCUCGAGCGAAUUUUCAUAUCUGUAUAAAAAAUUAGCUAAAACUGGGCACACGUCUUUAUCAUAUUUUCUUGUUGAUUCUUUUUUAGCAUCGACAACCGUUCUAUCAGAGGAAAACAAAAGCGCCAAACCGAAUAGAGGACCAGUCUUGACAAGAUCUUGGCCGACAACUAACUUUUCUCAGUCCACGUCGUUUACACAAAAAUUACCAUCAACUAAAAGACCUUUCGUAGGUAAAGCACCGUAGUGGCUGGGAUGAGAUUUUCUUAGUCUGAAUAGGGAAACCUGAUAAAUUGCAUGCUGCGGGUUACCUGCGAUAGACAAGUACUACAUCCAGGAUCUGAGUUCUAGUGUUAGUCUUAGUAGCUUUGUGCACAAGAAACCGUGACAAGCUCUGGUCCAUAGGUUACAGGGCAGAUGUGGUCCAUAGGCGACAUGUCAGGUGUUCAAACUCAGUUUAAUAUUAAUAAUAUUUAACAAAAUUCGGUGAGCGAAAAUUUAGAGUAUUGAACGGCUUAUCUCCUAAACUUCACCCUCAUCGAUUGAUUUUAAAAGCAUAGUUUUUGGAGAACAAAAAUUUGUCUUUGUUUGCGGCGUUCAUCACUGUCUUUAUUCUUUUUUUACUUUGUUUCCUUAUCCUCUUUUGACUCACUCGCUUUCGUCUUUGUCCAUUUAUGUACAUGUAUUUAUCAAUAUUUAUGUUUCGUCUUAAAAAUCAAUACAUUCCCGUAAGGCACCGUGAGGUUAACCCCAGAUGAAAAUGAUGGGCAUGGUUGUUUUUCUCCAUAGAGUUCAAAUCACUGAAAACUCCGCCAUUAAUCAUUCAUGUUUUUUUUUAAGUCAUAGAAGAAUCAGCCUCCAGAAUUCCUUUCAAAAUAAUCUGGGGACUAGUCGGUGCACUUGCCUUAGCCAUACUAGUUACGAUUAUUGUUAUUUUUGCAAAACAAAUCAGACGGAAGAGAAAAGAGAAUGUCAACAAGGUAUAUUAACAAAUUAUAAUUUAUUUGCUUUGCCUUCUCUACUGAUUUUAAAGUGGUUAUUUUUUGUUUUCAUGAAAUGAAAACUGACUUGAUUGACGUUUUGGAAAGUUAUCCUUCGAUGCUCUUUUAUUUCUAGGGGAGGAUCGGUGAAAAUGAUAUUCACAUGGUUGAAGUUACAACAGAUGUAAUCAACCAUUUAAGAAGUCUUGGCCGGCAAUUUUCCACAGGACAGCUGGAUACACCCCGCGCAGUCGUAGACGAAGUAUUGGUAGUUGAUAAUGAGACAUAUCUAAAGCAAAUGGGAAUUGACAGGAACUGGGAAAUUCCUCGAGAAAAACUGGAAAUAACGGAAGAAAAACUUGGUGGAGGAGAGUUUGGAGUCGUAAAAAAGGGAAGCUAUAUCAGGAGAGAUGGUCAGAAACUGCCCGUUGCUGUUAAAAUGUUGAAAGGUUAGACAUAAUCAAAAGUUAUAUUCGCUCUCUCCUUUUUUCUUGCAGAACCAAACAAAGCUUUAAGACUUUUUGACGACUUUUUGUUGACUUUUUGAUCAAUUUUUGUUAUUUAAGAACCCAUGGUGGGUACGAUUAAAACCUUCGCAUUAUCAUUCACGGCCUGUACAAUUAGCUGUGUGUUUUGGCCACAUGCCCCUAAGAGACCGAUUUUUCUAACACGGUGCAGUCUAUUAGUCGCAAUAAAACUUUUCUGCUUGUUAACCAUGUUGAAUAGCCAGUACUGAGGAAAAAAAGCAAACUCUUCGUGAAUUUUCGAUGCACUGAAAUUUUGCUUUUUUUUGCUUCUUUUUUUUUUUUUUUUUAACAGAUAACACAGAUGAAAAGCAGCGCAUUGGUCUGAUCCAUGAGUUAGAAAUUCUUAGGAAAGUUGGUCGCAAUUCAAACAUAGUGAGCCUCGUUGGGGCGUGCUCAUUUGAAGGUAUUACACGAAAAUAAAGCUUUAAAGGCAAGAACAAUUUUGUUGAAUUUAUAUAGGGGUCAUUUACCAUAUUGCGUGCCUGUAAGUAAGCUUACUUCAGCUAUGAAUGCAAAGAUUUGAAUUUUAUGGCAGUGACUUAUCAGAUAUAAUUGUGUUUCCCUGCAGAAACGACCGAGUGUGGUCGGGAAAAUUAAUAUACGUUAGGAAGAGUUAGAUGCAUGAAAAUCUGUUUGACUUUUAGUUAAGUUACAUGUAAACCGAGUUUCUCUUAAUUAUUAGAAAUAAUUGAACGAAGGAAUAAAUAUGUGUGGUGGGUAUGCCAAUUGAGCAUAAACAUUAUUGAUACAUACGUUUGUCGAUGGCGCUUUUAUUUCUGUCCUUAGAACCUUUGUGUGUGGUUGUUGAGUUUGUACCUGGUGGAAGUCUUGAUCAGAUUUUGCGUGACAGUCGAAUUCCUGUCGGGACAUUAGAUACAAAUUAUGUCAACGUUUGGUCGAAACUGUCCGAGAGGGAACUGUUAAAAAUUGCUUCAGAUGUUUCAAAUGGAAUGCGCCAUUUAGAAAGCAAACUGGUGAGUAAUAAUUUGUUGUGUGUACUCUUCUCGACUGACCUUGAAAUUCAGCUGCAGUUAAGAGAAUAUUUCGUACAAACGUGAGUUCGUAAAAAUUUACGGCCUUUUCGUUUUUGUGCGACGGUGGUGUAAAGGAAAUUAAAAAGGCACUCACCUUCGGAUUUUAACCAUUAAGCUACAAUGGUCUUUGCACUGCGACAAGGUGCAAAAAUACCUUUUUCCCUCACUACGUUCGUCCAAAUGAAAAACAUUUUCCUUCUAAUUCGGACAGAAGAUAGACAAACAGAGACAUAAAGAAACUACAGUAAAUACAAGUUGGGUGGCUUUACUGAGCUUUUUGGACUCUCUUUUCAUUUUCCGAGAAAGAGGAAACAUACGUAUGUUUUAACUAACCUGUGCGUCUUUCAUUUGUUAUGGGUUCAGUGCGUUCAUAGAGACUUGGCUGCUCGAAACGUUUUGAUCGGUGAGGGACUGGUAGCAAAGGUGGCAGAUUUUGGAAUGUCACGUGACAUUUCUCAAGAUGGAGCUUACAUUAAGUGCACCGAGGUACAUAAACGUCUAUGUCACUUUUUUCAAUUUCUUUUUAAACUUUUUAUUUGCAAGUCCAUGAAAAAAAAAAAUAACAACAAUAAUUUACAGUCUUGUUUUUUUUAAAAAAUGGAUAUACCGGGGUUACACCUUACUUGUAUUCUCAAAUGCAAAAUUACAGGGCAAAAUCCCGUGGCUAUGGAUGUCUUUGGAGAGUUUUAGGGGAAUCUACACCACGAUGUCUGAUGUGUGAGUAGCGGCCUAUUUUAUAAUUUGCCAUACCGUUCAUACCUUAAAAAUAAAAAAAAAUUUCAAUUAAAUGUCAUCGUUUUCCGAGGAAGAUGCUAAACAGGUACGAGAAAGUCGAGUCGUCAUCAGCAACGCUCAUUCACAUUUGGUUUUUGGUGUCUCUGGAUGUCUUGCUCUUAUUUUUAUUAUUGAUCAGAACACGAUAAAUUUGUCAGAAUCAAAUCAAAGUGUUCACGGUUUUCCAACACUUUGUCUUGUAUAAGGACUAUGAUAGGUUUCGAUCACCUUCAUCAGGUUCAAAAAGAAAGUGUUUUUACAUCAGCGGUGAAAUAAACAGACAAACAAACAAAAAUAACAUAACCAAAUGACACUAUACCUGGCAACUGCACCAUUAGCUCUGCCAAUACUAUAUUGACCUGUACAAUACGCAAUGUUAGUGAUUAUAUUCUUAGCCUUUGACUCGUUCUACCAUAACAAUGCUACAGUAGUUAGACGGUUGAUCAUACUUUUAAUUGCGAAGGUGCAGGCGUGCAUGAUUAUAAAAAGCACGAACGAUUAAACGAACUUAGUCCGGCCAAAAGACGCUAAUUUGUAACGCUGGAAUCUAAGAUACAGUAUUGUGUGUUUUUUUUCCAGCUGGUCAUUUGGUGUCGUUCUCUGGGAAAUCGUCACCUUGGGUGAGUGGAAACGUAAAAGUAGCAUCUUGCCUCUUUCCUGACCGUAGUCUUGCUCGGAUGCCUAAAAACCUUGAUGGCACAUUGAUAUGAAAGCAGAAUCAUGCUAAGAUGGUUUCUUUUAUACCAGGCAGCAGAAGACACUUCGAAAACAAAAUUAAACAUAAGUCAUACGUGUUAGACGAUGUAAAUUUGACUGAAUUGCCCUUAGAGAUUCUACUAACCUUGGACCUUCCGAUUACGUGUUCGAUUACUGUUCUAACUGCUCUGCAUGGCCACGGCUACAGCUCGUUGGCAUCUUAGGUCACAGUAUAGAUUCAAUUGAAAUGCCAGUAUUAAACGUCAGCAUGACGCUCCGAUCAGUAACGUCGAUCGCACCCUUUGAAGAGAGAUUUGGAAAAUGUGUGCCUGGUCAUUGAACAGAGAUGGAUUUUACCCUUUAUUAACGAUGAAUUUUCUUCUACAGGUGAGCAACCUUACAUCGGAAUUACAGGCAUUGUACAACUUUGUAGCUUACUACAGGAUGGAACGAGACUUGAGAAACCACCUCACUGCUCUAAACAACUGUAAGUUAUUUAAUUAAUAGGGAAGAUUUUAGGUUCCAAGCAUUGUAGCUGCAGGCUUUGCACCAUGACUGGGGGUUGUUUUUGUAACUAAAGUGCCCCAGGUUUUGUCCUGUGUUUGACAAAGAGCCUCAAGAAGUGAUUAUUUAUGCUGCAAGUCAAAGCUACAAAGAAUGUUCUCUUUUUUACAUAACAAUUAAAAACUGGCAGAUUUCAAGGCUGAUAACAUGAAAAUGGAAUGAAGCACUUUAAUAUCCUAUUGGUUGUUCGAUCAUUUAAAUCUUCUUAAGCCAAGCUCUUUGUUAUUGCCUAUCAUCCCUAGUUUUUGAAGUGUCGCCUAAGGCCUGUUGUUAGAAACAAUUUUAGGUGUUAGAAACCUAUGCAACCUUUUUCAUGUUUAGUCAUAAGAGGUGAUAUGUUACUUCAAUAUGCAACCCCUCUACUUUCAUUGCGUCCUCUUUAGGUAUGACAUUAUGCUAGAGUGCUGGCAAGAGAGACCAAAAGAUCGCCCAACUUUUAAAGAACUCCAUUCGAAACUUCACUCGAUCUUGUACGAGACCACGGUAUGGAUAAAUUACAAGUAAAAAACUCUAGAGCUGGCAUUAUAGUCGACCAAGAACCAACACCAAUGUUAUCGCAACCAUUAAUAGAAUAAGGCAGACAUCAUAAGUAGCCAAUGAGAACCCUUACAUUUAUUGCAAAAAGAUAUAUAUCGGCGAAACAGGAAGACGAAUUGGCGACCCAUCCCGAGAGCACCUCCGUAACGUAGAGGGGAAUGACAAAGACGCAUCCAAACCAGUCGCUAGACAUUUUAAUACCCCUAAUCACUCUAAGUGGCAUAUGUUAUGCCCAGUCUGUAGCUUUUCCUCGCAUUUAGGCAGUUCGGAAAGCCACAAAACUCUAAAAUAAAAAUUUAUCAGCACUCCUGAUCCCCACCAAGAGACUACGAACCGGCGGUUUACAAUCCCUCUUCCCCACGGAUUAUUUUCCCCACCAACUGAAAUUAUUUUGAUAAGUUACUCGGCAAUUAAAGCUAACACUGUAAGCUGAGUCAUCCGGCCGGUUAAGACUUCUACAGAAUGAAUAAAGGAGGAGUUUACUUUGUGUUACUUAUUAAAUAACUCAGGAAAGCCGCUUGAAAUAUGGUGAUAUAUUGAUUUCUUAUUACCGCAGGUUACGUACAUAAACAUUUCCUAUUCAGGGGGAAGAGGAGAUCACGCUGAUUUUCAAGAGCUCUCUGACAGCAAUAGAUGA